AUGAAUCUCAGCAGCAUGAGCAGCGCGGCGGAGAAGGCGCCCAGGGCCACGCUCUGGGGCUGUGAGCUAAACCAGGAGAAACGGACUUGGACGGUCAAAGCCCAGAAGGAGGGGAAGCAGGACUGUAAGCUGUUGCUCAGUACGAUUUGCUUGGGGGAGAAAGCCAAAGAAGAGAUGAACCUCGUGGAAAUCCUACCCCCAGCCAGCCAGGAAGACAAGAAGACCAAGCCCAUCACCAUUGCCUCGCUUCAGGCCUCUGUGCUACCCAUGGUCGUCCUGAUGGGACUGGAGCUUUCUCCUCCAGUCACUUUCCAGCUCCGGGCUGGCUCUGGACCUGUGUUCCUCAGUGGCCAGGAACUUUACGACGCUGCAGACCUGUCCUGGGAGGAAGAGGAGGAGGCGCUGGACGAGGAGGAGGAGGAAGGUGACAGCGGCGAGGUUGACGACGACGAGGACGACGACGACGACGUAGAUGUGUCCCUGGAGGAGGAGACCCCUCUUAAACAAGUCAAGAGGCUGGCGUCCCAGAAGCAGACCAGCGUCGCCAAGAAAAAGAAGGUGGAGAAGGCAGAGGAGGCCGUGAGACCCAGGCUUAAAGACAAGAGUCCUGUGAAAAAGGCCAAACCCACACUCAAACCCAAAAAGCCGGGAUUCAAGAAAUGA